AUGACGAUGCUUGCGAUGGCGCGAGGUUCGGAGGAUCGACGCGAAGAAGAGGCUGAAGCGGAAACCGAGACAAAUGGGGAGGUCGACGUCGUUGGUGUCGAGGAGGCCGCUCCGGUUGACCUAACGAGGAGGCUCGGUCUAACCCGGCCUCCUGAUCGCCCAGCAAUAGCGUUCUCUGUUGAGAACAUUCUCGAUCCUAAUAAAUUUACUGGGCGCUCAGACGUCCCUCUAAGAUAUGAUGACCAUUAUUGGAGACCGCAUUACGAUAGAGACGACAGUGAUUCUGUGAAAGAUCAUCUUCAAAAUUCAGACAUCGAAGCUGAUGACGUGGAAACAGACGACCAGACGUCCAACAUGGACGACGACAUCCUCACCCAAUCAGAUCUCGACGAAAACGGCGACCCAAAGAGUCCGGUCAGCUCCAGUUCGAAGAAGGGUAAAAACGGGUCGUCGAGGGACUCAAAAGGGGGGACUAAGCCAAGGAGGGCAAGGACCGCGUUCACAUACGAGCAACUAGUUUCUUUGGAGAACAAAUUCAAGACUACGCGGUAUUUGUCCGUGUGCGAGCGGCUAAACCUGGCGCUCAGUCUUAGUCUGACGGAGACACAGGUCAAAAUUUGGUUCCAAAAUCGUCGCACAAAAUGGAAAAAACAAAACCCGGGAAUGGAUGUCAACAGUCCUACAGUACCGCCUCCUCCCGCUGGAGGGUUCCCAUCUGGGCCUUACCCAGGCGGCCUUCUCUACUCACAUGGAGUCCCUUACCCAUUCACUGGGCCAGGGCCUUACGCACCAUAUUUUCAUCACCUUGCAGCUAACCACCACCACACCCACGGCAGUAUAGGCCAUUCUCACACGUGA